GAGCGGACCGCCUAAGUCAGAUACUUUUUUUGGGCUGUCGUGCCGCCGAAGUGCAUCUCCACCGCGGGACAUGGCCAUGGACUUUGAGGAGAUACUGGGCAAGUGCGGGGAUGGCCAUCGCUACCAGUACAUGCUGCUGGCCCUCUACGGACUGCUCAUGUUCAUCGUUUCCCGGCAGUACUUCGCCCAGAGCGUCAUCAGCUUUGUGCCCGACCACUGGUGCUAUCACGAGCAGCUGGAGAAUCGGAGCUACGCCGAUAUCGCUGCAAUUUACGCCCCAUUCAAGAGACCUUCGUGCACGCGACUCGCUUGGAUCAGCGAGGACGGGAGUGAUGCCACCGCCAGCGAAGAGCCCUGUAAUCGGUGGAUCUAUAAGUACGAUCACGGUUUCCGAAGCAUGAACGCCGAUCUGAACUGGGUCUGCGACGAGGCGUACAAGGCGCGAGUGGGUCAGUCCCUGUUCUUUGUGGGCUCCAUGUGUGGCACCCUGCUGUUUGGACUGCUCGGCGACAGGAUUGGCAGGAUCCGGGCUGUGGUCUUGGCCAACUGGUGCGGCUUCCUGGGCGACUCGGCCACGAUUUUCACCGAGAGCCUGGUCACGUUCUCGGCCAGCCGGUUCGUAUCUGGCCUGGCUGCUGAGGCCAACGCCUACCUGAUGUAUAUUCUGGUGCUGGAGUACGUCUCGCCGACGAUGCGGAGUGUGGGCCUCAACCUGACGAUGUCGGUGUGGUACUGCCUGGGCAUGAUUAGUGCCUCUUGGCAGGCCGUCUGGCUGGGCGAAUGGCGCUCCUUCAUGGCCUGGUCGGCCAUGCCCCAGCUGCUGGUCACCGGCUUCUAUUUCGUGGUCCAGGAGAGCGCCCAGUGGCUGGUCACGCGCCACGACAUCGAGGGCGCCGAGCUGCGGCUGCGCCGGGUGGCCAAGUUCAAUCGGCGCGAGGUCAGCGAGGCGGACUUCGAGCUGUUCCGGCAGCACUGCAAGACCAAGGAGUCGGAGGCCAGCAGCCAGCUCUCCAUGCAGAAGCAGGCGCGUCUGAUCGACGCCCUCAAGCUGCCACGCCUGCGCCUCAGACUGAUCUACGUGCAUGUUGUGUUCUCGAUAAUGGUGCUCUGCUACAACACGAUGUCUCGCAAUGUGGAAGGUCUGACCAUAUCGCCAUUCGUGAUGUUCACCAUUUUCGCCCUGACCUUGCCACCUUCGGGCAUCUUCCAGACCCAAGUCCAGAAGAACUUCGGUCGCAAGUUCACCUCCGUGAUCAGUAUGACAGCCACUGGAGUGAUGACUGCGGCCACAGGGAUUUUGCUGACCUUCUGGACACAGCCCAGUGAGACGGUGAUGGUGUGCCUCCUGCUGGUUUCCCGGUUUGGGAUCUCGGUGAUCACGGGGUCCACCAUGCAGAUCUCUGCCGAGCUCAUGCCCACCUGCGUGCGGUCCAGUGGACUGGCUGUGAUCCACGUCACGGGAGCAGCCUUCUCCUUCCUGUCACCUUAUAUACUCCACCUGGACACCUAUUUUCGAGCAGCAUCUUCUAUCAUACUGUGUAUGCUACUUCUGUUUUGUGCCUGGAUUUGCCUGCUCCUGCCGGAGACGAGGAACAAAAAGCUGCCCAUGUCCCUGGCGGAGGGCGAGGAGUUCGGCAAGGACGAGCGGAUGUUCGACUUUUUGAGGAACCAGGAAAAGGAAGAUCACAGGGAUCUCGCAGCUGGGACCAAUGAGAAACUUAUGGGGGAGUAAGUGUAUUUACUAAGUGGGUAUUACCUUUGGAUCUAGGUCUUGAAGUACAGCUUCUAGUUAUGUUUUUGAAAAUUGCACUUACCUACAUUUGUUAAAAUCUAUAUUUAGAGAAGUGUUGAGCGAACCAAGCCAGAAAAAGUUUAAAAUAUUACUAGAAUUUAUUAUUUCUGUUACAUAUACUUUACAACAUUUUUUAUAGAGAUUAUUGUCAACUUUUAAACUUAUAGCUAGAAUCAAAUUAAGAGUUAAACAUAUGGCACUAAACUUUAAGAUCUUCUUUAUCUAAAGGGCUCCAUGAGCCUAUACCAUAAAAAACUGUAGACUGUUAAUAACAUGAUGAUGAGCCCGAAUUAGUGGAGUGUAUAAAGUACAAGAUAAUAAUACUUAUAGCUGACAAUAAGAAAGACUGUGGUUAUAACUAUUAAUGUUGAAGGUUUUGAUAAGAAAGAGUCAGGCAUCACUAAAUGAUUUGUUUUGUGCUAUGUUAUAAAUCUAAAAAACAAUAAAAAUAGUAUAUAUAGAAAAUAGUUCCUAAGCAGCAGUUUUCGCCUGGAUGAGCCAUACAUUUUGAAAGGCUAUUUAUAUCACAAUGUGUACGUAGAAGAAAGCAUGUUCUAUAAAUUGGAAAAUCCCCCGAGAGAGUAUCUGAAUGUUCUUGCUGGCGAAUCUACUCAUUCACACUUUCAACUAAGCGCACUCUUGACCUUAUGCAUAUUACACUUGAGGAUGG